AUGUCUCUGGGGGUGGUCUUUGGCAUCUCCGCGUUCUGCUUAUUCGGCAUCGUGCCUGUGUACUACAAAUCUCUGGACAACGUGCCAGCCGUUCAAAUCGCCCUCCAUCGUUUCACAUGGACGUUUCCUGAAACCAUGCUCCUCGUGCUCGUCUGCGGUCAAACGAAAUCGUUUUACAAACAAGCGUUCACGAAAUCCAACUUUCUGCUGUACGCUGGGUCAGGGAUGUCUAUGGGCGCCAGCACCGUCCUGCUCAUUUGGGCCGUCAACUCGGGCUACCUCCUCGAGGUGUCCCUCGGUGCCUUCCUCAACCCCGUGACCAUGGUGGUGGUGGGGGUGGGUCUCCUCAAGGAAAAACUGCGUCGGUGGCAAGUGGUGUCAGUUGCGCUGGCCACCAUUGGCGUCGGCAUCUUUGCGGUCGCGUACGGCAAGUUUCCAUGGGUGGCCAUUCUCCUCACCAUUGGCGACGGAAUUUACUCUUUGUUCAAGAAAAAGGCGCCGCUGACGCCGUUGCAUGGACUGGCGCUCGAAUCAGGCAUCAUGUUUCCGUUUUGCCUGGCUGGUACGAUCAUCCUGGAAAGCCAAGGGUUGGGUGUGUUCUCGCAUGGGCUGCUGCAAACCGACCUGCUUCUCGUGGGCACAGGCAUCAUGACGAUCAUCCCCGUGUUGCUCUUGGUCGCCGCGAUGCAGAUCACGCCGCUGUACGUGAUGGGGCUCAUGUCCAACCUCACGCCGACGAUCCAGUUCAUCUUAGGCGUGGCGGUGUACCACGAACCGUUCUCCAUGACCAGGUUGACGGGGUUCCUCUUCCUGUGGGUGUCCAUGGCAGUGUUUGGCCUCGACAGCUACUGGGCAUACAAGGAGUCGUUGGCGGACAAACACAAGGGGAUUGCCACGCCACAUAGCGACGAAUACACGGUGGACGUUGAAAAUGGUGGCUUUGACAAUAUGGACGGCAAAGUCCGUACUUUCAGCUUGGUCGAGUCCCCCGCCAUCACCAAAUAG